AUGUCGACGGGCUUUUCAUUCUCCAAUUCUUCUUCUUCUUCUUCAGCCUUCUCUUUCUCUUCCUCCACCCCUACUACAUCCUCUGCUUCCCCAUUUUCCUUUGGCUUCUCAUCUGCUCCUUCUUUCGGCACUUCUGCUUCCACUCCCACACCCACCCUAUUCGGAUCUUCUUCUUCCACCACUUCAAACUUAUUCGGAUCAUCUUCCACUUCAAACCCAUUCGGAACUUCUACCGGUUCGGGUUCCACUACGAACCUCUUCGGAUCCACUACAUCUGCAAGUAGUUCCCCAUUGUUUGGGGCACCAAAUUCAGCCACUGCCAAUUCAUCCCCUUUCGGUGGUUCUUCUACUCCUGCUUCGGGUUUUUCGGAUUCAAGUCCCGCUAUGGGCUUGUUUGGUUCAUUAACUGGCGCUUCUACUGGAACUGCACCAACUAGUGCUAGUAGUACUAGUCCAUUUUCUUCAACAACUCCUCCGUUUGGUUUGUCUGGCUCCACGCCAUCAGCCCCCUCCGCUCCUUCUUCUCCACAGGGAUUUUCCUUCUCCAGCUCAGCAGCUGUCAGCUCGGCAUUUUCCUUCCCGGCUGCUUCCCCUGCCACCUCAGCAUCUUCUGCCCCCUCAUUUUCAUUAUUAACUGCUUCAACCACCACUAAUAAUCCGUUAUCUUCUGCACCGGGUUUUUCACUUGCUACUGCAUCAACAGCCUCCCCACCAGCAUUUUCAUUUUCGACCUUGAGCUCAGCAGCAUCAAGUCCAGCAUCAUCUGCAUUAUCAACUCCGAGUUCAGCUGCAGCUGCAUUGUCAUUAUCAACGCCGAGUUCUUCAGCAGCACCUACAUUUUCCUUUUCCAUGCCUGCUACUGCACCUUCUUCAUCUUCUUCACCGUUUUCAGCGUCCACCUCUGUAACAACUUCUUCAAAUGCUCCUUCAUUUGCAUUUAAUACAUCUUCAGCUGCUGCUUCUUCAAAUGCUCCUUCGUUUGCGUUUAAUACAUCUUCAGCUGCUGCUUCUUCAAGUGCUCUGGUGUCAAAACCUGCUUCAAGUACUGGUUUUUCAAUUGCUUCAUCGCCUUUGUUUUCCACCGUUACCACCACCACCAACGUUUCUACAGCUGUAGCUUCUUCCACAACUAGUGGGAGUGGUUCAGCUCUGACGUUUUCCGUGCCCACAUCUUCAGCUUCAACAACUAGUGCUGUUGCUCCAUCCGCAAGUUUUUCAGUGUCUGCCAAACCAUCUACACCAGCUUUAUCCUCACAAUCUACUGCGGCUCUGCCAAGCUUUGGUGUACCAAGCACAACUUCUGGCGCUGCAACAAGUUCAGCUGCUCAAACAUCAUCUGCAUUGACUGUAACUUCUAGUAGCGGGACUACUUCAACUUCUACUGUAGCUGCCACUUCCACACCAAAAUUACCAUCAGAAAUUAUAGGAAAGUCUGUAGAAGAGAUCAUCAAGGAAUGGAACACUGAGCUGCAGGAACGCACUGCAAAAUUUAGAAAGCAGGCUAAUGCAAUAGCUGAGUGGGAUAAAAGGAUCUUGCAGAACCGUGAUAUUCUUCUCAAACUUGAGAGUGAAGUUGCAAAGGUUGUCGAGACACAAGGGAGCUUAGAGCGACAGCUGGAGCUAAUUGAGACUCAUCAGGAAGAGGUUGACAAGGCAUUGCAAAGCAUGGAAGAAGAAGCUGAUCGAAUUUACAAAGAUGAAAGAGGAGUGAUUCUUGAUGAUGAAGCUGCAUCAACAAGGGAUGCUAUGUAUGAACAGGCCGAGUUUGUGGAGAGGGAGAUGGAGAAGAUGACAGAGCAGAUCAAGUCAAUCAUUAAUACUGUUAAUGCCAGCCAGGGUGGAGAACUUGAGGCAACAGAUGGAAUGACACCGCUUGAUGUUGUUGUCCGAAUCUUGAACAAUCAAUUGAGUUCACUGAUGUGGAUUGAUGAAAAGGCUGAAGAAUUCUCAUCUCGUAUUCAGAAGCUUGCAAGCGAAGGGUCUGCUGCCAAUCGUGAAUUAACAGGCCCUAGAUUAUGGUUGACUCGAUGAUUGGUGCACUCGACUUGGUGCUGUGUAAAUCUAAGGGCCUCUUGAAUCUUUUGCGGAUCUCGUUUCUCCUUCUAGCUGUGUAUGUCAUUAGAUCAAGGCAGAUAUGUUAAAUCCUGAUUCCUUUCAAAGGCUUUACAUCUUAUUGGUGAUUGAAGUGCUGAGAUUUCUUUCUUUUUUUAAAAAAAUAUUGGGGCUCAAUUGUGUUCAAAA